AAUUAGUUAACCCUAUGAUUAUAAGUGUAUUUUUUCCUCUUCAAUUUAUUUUUAUUUAUUUAUUUUUUGUUAAAAUAUUAAAUAUUAUAACAUUUUUUAAUUUUGACAGAGUUUACAGAGAAUACUAGUAGCAGAAUUGCAUAAACAAAACUAAACAGACGGACAAAAGCAACAAUGAAUUGAAACCAAAGAAGAUCGACCAACCUAAUAACUAGCUAAACAGCGAGACAUGCUAAGACCAAGCGGAGCCAGAAAGUCAGAGAUAAAUAGCCGGUUGCCACGAGCUACCGAGAGAUAGGCGCCCUCAAACCUAGAAGCUACGGCUCCUGCAGCUUCCAACAACCAUCCCAACACAACCAACUCGAAGAAUUAUAGCACAAACUUACUACCAAACCAGACAGACGCACCACCGACGGCACGAGGGAGAGCCUUCACGCGAUGAUGCCGUCGUUCAAACGGCAGACCUGAAGAUUGCCGUUUCCAAACCCGAACCUUUGUGACCGUAUACUCCCUUUGAACCAAAAUCUCAUAUAGAGAGAACGGACCGCACAAAAGCUAACCCUCCGGAAGUGAACCUACAAGAGAAGCAGCAAACCCGAGAGCCAAACUGCCGCACAGAGACAAGGGAAUGGCCGCAUCGACCAUAGGAAAAACAAGACAAUGUCACCAUUAAUGGGCAGAACAAGGAAGAUGAAUGACCUCACCGCCGAGGGCCCCAAGGAAGAGACGAGGUAUACAACCGGGAACACCGGAAUGCCGCUCACAAGCGAAGCCAAUGAAGAACAACCGACUACACGCACCACCACCACGUAACGCCGGACCAUCACACGCCGUCACCAUGCGCCGUCGCUAGAACCAAACGCUGCCACUGGAGAAACCGGAAGAUCGAGUGGAACGCAACCUCCAAAGAACCCCACACGCCUCUAUCAGAGACCACCGGUGGAGAUAAAGGGGACGGACCCUAGACUCGCGAAAUCUCAGAUCCGAACCGUUACCGAAGCUUUGCGUACCACCGGGAAAUCUCAGAUCCUCUUCAAUUUGUUUUGUCUUCUAAUGUAUAGUUCUUAAGUUAGGUAAUGUAUUCACAACUUUAGAAGGUUUAGUUAGCUAAUGUAUCAACCCCCAUGCAUCAAUCUCAUACUUUGAACAAGACUCUUUGCUUGUCUCUUAUUUACCCUCUUCAUACUUCUCCCUCCUUGAGUAGGUAUGCACCCAGCGAUCAUGGAAACGGGCUUAUGGUGUGGGUUUGCUGGUAGGUGGACUGGACGAGUCAGGAGCCCACACAUCUACUACAACUGCCCCAAUGAAAACUACUUUGAGUAUCAAGCUUUCGCUAUAGGGUCUCGCUCACAAGCUGCCAAGACUUAUCUAGAACGGAGAUUUGAGAGCUUCAAAGAGUUAUCGAGAGAAGAUCUGAUAAAAGAUGAUAUCUUGGCUAUAAGGGAAAGUUUGCAAGGGGAAUCACUCAAGAGCUCCCUCUGCACGGUUUCUGUUCUAGGAGUCAGUGAACCAUUCUAUUUCUUGGACCAGGAAAGGAUACAGAAAGUGAUUGACACGUUUGAGAAGGUUCCCGAGGAAGAGGAGGAUGAUGGUGAGGGUGAGGCCGAGCCUGAAGCUGUUGCUGCAUAUGGAGAACAAGGUGGUUCAGGUGAUCAAGAUGUUGCGCCAAUGGAAACGUGAGCAAGUGAGUAUGAUUUACAUGACACUGACAUAUAAACAAAACAUGUUGGGUUAUAACCUUUUUCGUGUUUAGCUGUUAUAGUGUCAAGUGUCAACGUUCCAAGUAUUCA